UAAAAGCCCCUCGGACACUCCAAAGAGCUGCUAAAGAUUUUACAGAAGAGCCAGAAGGAAGAUCUUUUGUGUGUAUACAAUGAAGUCGACUUUGGUGGUACUUUCAAUCCUGGCCACGGCUUUGGCAAAUCCUCUGGGGCAGCAUGAGGUGCUGGAGCAACCAAUUGAGGAGAUGGGAGAUUUCUUUGAGGGCGAUAUGGAACUCACAGAAACCCAGCGAAGGACAGUUUUCGAUGGAAUGAUCGAUGGACGUACUGGACUCCUUAAUGUGCGCUACCGCUGGCCAGAUAAUACUCUCGCCUAUGAUUUUGCCAGUGAUGUCAACCAGGAGCAAAGGAAUUAUGUUGAGCUGGCAUUGAGAAACAUCUCAGGACAUACAUGCCUUAAAUUCGUUCGACGCACCAACCAAGUCGAUUAUGUGCUCGUCACAACAGAUGCUACAGGAUGCUCAUCGUAUGUUGGACGCAUCAACGGGAUGCAAACACUGAAGCUCAAGUCAAACACUCCUGGAUCGGGAUGCUGGCGUUUCGGAACGGUUGUUCAUGAAUUUAUUCACGCCCUUGGCUUCCAUCACUCUCAGGCGGCGUACAAUCGUGACGACUACGUCAUCAUCAAGUGGGAGAACAUUGAGCCAGGCAAGGAGAACAACUUCAACCUGAGGGAUCGUACUACAACUACAAUGUUCGACCUUGACUAUGACUACGGCAGCGUAAUGCACUACAGCAAAACAUCCUUCAGCGUCAAUGGACAACCAACAAUUGUUCCAAUUAAAGAUGGCGUCACAAUUGGUCAACGCGAAGGGAUGAGUGAGCUUGACAUCAGGAGACUCAACAGAAUGUACAACUGUCCAAGUGGGCAGUAACUUCAUGAGCACUAAUAAAUUAUACUUUCUCACGCACUCAA